UAAUAUCUACAGAMAAAUAGAAAAGUUUAAACAKGUAUUGACUUUCUUUACAAUGAACGAAUGGAAAUUUACAAACGAUAAUGUAUUGAAGUUAUGGGACAAAUUAUCUGUGGUCGAUAAAAGUAACUUCUUCUUUAAUGCUGCUGAUAUUGAUUGGGAAUGKUAUGGUKUUACUUWUGUAAGGGGUAUUCGAGUAUUUUUGUUUAAAGACCCGAUGGAUACGGUGGAAGAAUCAAGACCUUAUUAUAAUAGGUUAAAAAUAGCUCAUUAUACGUUGAAGUGGCUUAUUUAUGCUUUGAUUCUUUGGAUUUUAUAUUCUAUAUUAUAUUCUCUUUUCACUUACAUAUUUUAUUUCUGACAAUCUGUUAAAUACAGCAA